GUGGUAAGAGGAAGGACAAUGCAGCGCUGUGGAUCCGAUAUCUGUGUUUCCACAGCAACAGAUAUUAAAUUACGACGGGUGGUGGACUUUAAACAGAGGUGGAGGGACAGGUGACGCAGGCUUCAGUAAACUGUCUUCUUCCUGAACAGAAACGCAGCAGUCUCAGACAUGGCUAAAUUCCUCACACAAGCUCAGAUCAAUGAGUACAAAGAGUGCUUCUCAUUGUAUGACAAGAAUCAAAAUGGCAAGAUAAAUAACAAAGACCUGAUCACAGUUAUGCGCUGCCUGGGUACAAGCCCCACACCUGGUGAAAUCAGGAGACAUCUACAAGUCCACAAAAUUGAAAAGUCUGCUGAGGUGGACUUCUCUACGUUCCUGUCAAUAAUGCACAGACAGAUACAACAGGAGGAUCCCAAAGUGGAAAUCCUGGAGGCCUUGAAGAUGACGGACAAGCAGAAGAAGGGAUACAUCGAGGCAUCUGAGCUGCGGGCCAAGCUCACCAUGUUAGGAGAGAAACUCACAAACAAAGAAGUGGACGACCUCUUCAGAGAGGCACACAUCAAGUCAAAUGGGAUCGUCAAAUACGAAGAGUUCACUGCGAUGCUGAUGCUGCCACCUGUUGAUUACUGAUUUUUUUUUAAAAGAAAACAA